AUGUCACUGAAGUAUCAAAAGUUCUUGCUCUUCGGAGACUCCAUUACGGAAUUUGCAUUUAAUACGCGUAUGGAGGAUGGAAAAGGUGAUCAAUUCUCGCUGGGGGCUGCUCUGUGCCGGGACUAUACAAGAAAGUUGGACAUUGUUCAGCGUGGCUUCAGUGGAUAUACUUCACGUUGGGCUUUGAAGCUUUUGCCCCAAAUAUUGGAAAGCGAAGUAUCCAGCGAAAUAGUGCUUUGUACCAUAUUUUUCGGCACUAAUGAUGCUGCUUCUGCUGGGAAUCAACGAGUUGAACUACCGGAGUUCAAACAAAACAUUACAACUUUAGUUCACAUGCUCAAAGCAAAAGAUAUACACCCUAUCUUAGUAGGGCCAGCGCUUCAUGAUGAGAAAAACUGGACGCUCAGCAAACCCGAUCAAGCAAUACAGAAGGUUUUUCGCUCAAGUAACCGGAAUAAGCUCUAUUCCGAUACUUUAAAAGAUAUUGCUACCGCAGAAGACGUGGGCUUUGUAGAUUUGCACAAAGCUUUUACGGUACAAGGUGGCAGUCAUUGGCAGGAACUUCUGUGUGACGGUGUCCACUUUACCGGAAAGGGUUACGAGGUUUUUUACAAUGCCCUUCUCGAUACCAUAAGAGCUACGUACCCUCAAUAUGCGCCUGAAAGUGUCUCUUACAAGCUCCCCAAUUGGAGAGAAGUGCAAGCUGACGGAUCGAAUUUGGACAGGAUUCUAUGA